AUGCUUAUCCCAAAGGAAGAAAGAACUAAAAUCCACAAAUACUUAUUCAACGAAGGUGUUGUCGUUGCUAAGAAAGAUUACAACCAAGCUAAACACGAAGAAAUUGACACCAGAAACCUUUAUGUUAUCAAAGCUUUACAAUCAUUAACCUCAAAAGGUUACGUUAAAACUCAAUUCUCAUGGCAAUACUAUUACUACACCUUAACUGAUGAAGGUGUUGAAUACUUGCGUGAAUACUUACACGUCCCAGAAGGUAUUUUACCUCAAACCCGUUUACAAGAAUCUGCUCCAGAAAGACCAAACGCUAGAAGAUUCGGUGGCCCAAGAAGAAACUAA